UUCAUCUGUGAAACUCGAAGCCUCAGGAUGGAUCUGGAGCAAACCUGUGCAGCGUUGCACUUAAAAAGCGAUCAGCUCAGGCAGGAAUUUGAUGAGCUGAAGUCAUGGCUGAGUGUGGUGAAGGAAAACAUGGACCUGAGAGACAAGAUGCAGAGCUCCAACGGUGACACUCUGGUGACAAUGACAGCCUCAGAAGCGAAGUCGUUCAAUGAGUGGCAAAACGAAAGACAGUUCAGGAGCGAGGUGCAGCAAACCACAGCCAGACAAGAGCAACGCACCUCGUCUCCCAUCGACUUCAAGUCUUUCAUCCAAAGCUCCAUGCACACGGACACAAAUGAGAAAGUGGAGCUUCAGAGCUGCCAGCCUGAGUUUCCUCUUGAAGUCAAAGGUCCAGACAGGCUAUUCGGAGAGAUUUCCUACCAGCUGGACAUGAGGAUUAUGUCCUACGUCUUCCAGGGCCAAAAGAGGUUCUAUGGUUUCACAGUGCUCAACAUAGCAGAGAAAAUCAUCGAGGUCAGCACACACCCACUGACGGGGAAGCUGGACGAAGGCUACCGGCUUUAUCUCAGCCAGAGGUAUGCAGAGCUCAUGGAGAGGCUGAGCCAGCUUGGGUACAAAGCAGCACUUCACCCUCGCUUCACCGAAUUCAUCGUCAACACCUACAGCAUCCUGAUGUCGAGGCCUGGAGAGUACAGCCCCCAGGAGGUGGACUACAACAACCCAGACUUUCUGAGGAAGCUCAUAUUGACCUCAGCGCCGGAAAAACUUCAGAAGGACCUGCUGCUUGUGCUCACCUGCCUCUGCAGCAUGGCAAAGAGGGACGGGAAGCCUCUCCUGUUCUGGUAGCACCCGUGUAAUUUGGAGCGCAAUAAAUACCAGGGCAUGAUAA